CGUUGUGGAGAUUAAUAAAGACCUGCAAAUAGAUAAAGUAUAUUUCAUAGAAAAUGGCAUUUGAAACGGGAGAGUGGACUAUUCCUAAGGAUAAUCUUUUAAGGAUGUGCUUUCUGAUUUCUGUAUUUGAAUUAUUGCGUUCGCUUUAUUUUUCAUUUAUUUCGGUUUCUGUCAUGAUAUCGCAUACGAAUUCGUAUACCAUAAUUGCUUUUCUUAGCACAGUAGCCUGGAUUUUAACCGUUGUUGGACUUUUUGUAGGUCUAUUGAAGGAUCGUCCAACUCUUCUUGUAUUUUGGUUACUUUUUUCUGGCUUUGCCACUGUCACAAAUGUUAUUUUCUUGAUUUGGAAUGUAAGUUCUUCUCCUGUAUUUGACGAGAUUCAUUUCAAGCACUGGACAAUUUUGUAUUUAGGAAUUUUUUAUGAGUGCACUUGUUUGUACUUGGUAUUCAGAUAUUUCAAGAGGUUGUAUUCCUAUUGUCUUCUGGAAGGCGGCAACUAUGAUUUUGCCUCUGAAGGUAGCAAUGAAGACUAUAACAGAGAUGCUGCAACAAAGACAAUUUCUACAACUUCAAAUACGAAUACCUCUGAAAACAUACCUGAAGGGUAUUAAGCUUAUUUGGAGAAAUUCAAGAAAAAGCUUGAAAAAGAAAUCUCUUUUGAUUAUGUUCAAUUCUCACACGU